AUGCCUGCAGAUUUUAAUGGUUAUUGGAAAAUGCUCAGUAAUGAGAAUUUUGAGGAGUAUUUGAAAGCUCUAGAUGUAAAUAUUGCAGUGAGAAAAAUAGCCAGUAGACUCAAACCUGAUAAAGAGAUUAUUCAGGUUGGAAACCAUAUGAUCAUUAAAACCCUAAGCAGUUUUAAAAAUUUCAUCAUGGACUUUGAAAUAGGGACAGAAUUUGAAGAGGAUUUAACAGGGGUGGAUGGUCGCAAAUGUAUGACACGUGUGACAUGGGAUGGAGAUAAACUUCUUUGUGUGCAGAAAGGAGAAAAAGAAGACCGUGGUUGGAGCCAAUGGAUUGAAGGAAAUGAAAUGCACUUAGAAAUUAGAGCUUGUGGUGUCAAGUGUAAGCAAGUAUUUAAGAAGGUACAGUGA